GCGACAUCGAAUUUUUCCAUUCGACACACCUGGCGCUUCCCAUAUACUUGCACAAUACCAGACCAUUUCGCGAAACCAUCCCGACCACAUUUCGCCCUCGCCGUUGCCUUUGUCGGCCUGCCCCGCUUCCACAUCCCCCAGCGAGGCCGGCAUCAUGGCGCUCGACAGCUAUUACCACAACAAGAUCGAGGCGAUGCAACUCGAGAUUCUGAAGGGUCAAGCCGUCCUUCGCCGUCUCGAGGCCCAGCGCAACGACUACAACUCGCGGGUACGCCUGCUCAGAGAAGAACUGGGCCUGUUGCAACAGCCGGGCUCGUACGUCGGCGAGGUGGUCAAGGUGAUGAGCACCAAGAAGGUCCUCGUCAAGGUCCAUCCCGAGGGGAAAUACGUUGUCGAUGUCGCCGACUCGGUUGAUGUCACCAAACUCACGGUGGGCAAACGCGUGACCCUCCUGUCCGACUCGUACAAGCUCGAGAAGAUCCUUCCCUCAUCAGUCGACCCGCUCGUCUCCCUCAUGAUGGUCGAGAAGGUGCCCGACAGCACCUACGACAUGAUCGGCGGCUUGGAUCAACAGAUCAAGGAGAUCAAGGAAGUCAUCGAGCUCGGCCUCAAACACCCCGAGCUGUUCGAGUCGCUCGGCAUCGCGCAGCCCAAGGGUGUGCUCCUCUACGGCCCUCCCGGCACCGGCAAGACCCUCCUGGCGCGGGCAGUGGCCCAUCAUACCGACUGCAAGUUCAUCCGCGUGUCCGGCUCCGAGUUGGUGCAGAAGUACAUCGGCGAGGGCAGCCGCAUGGUGCGUGAGCUGUUCGUCAUGGCGCGCGAGCAUGCGCCGAGCAUCAUUUUCAUGGACGAGAUUGACUCCAUCGGCUCCUCGCGCGUCGAAGGUUCCUCGGGAGGUGAUUCGGAAGUACAGCGCACCAUGUUGGAGCUGCUCAAUCAGCUCGACGGCUUCGAGCCGACCAAGAACAUCAAGGUCAUCAUGGCGACCAACCGGCUGGACAUCCUGGACCCGGCCCUGCUGCGGCCGGGCCGCAUCGACCGGAAGAUCGAAUUCCCGCCGCCGAGUGUCGAGGCCCGUGCCGAUAUCCUUCGCAUCCACAGCCGCAAGAUGAAUCUGACGCGCGGCAUCAACUUGACCAAGAUCGCCGAGAAGAUGAACGGCUGUUCCGGCGCCGAGCUCAAGGGCGUGUGUACCGAGGCCGGCAUGUACGCCCUUCGGGAAAGGCGCGUGCACGUUACACAGGAGGAUUUCGAGCUUGCCACUGCGAAGAUCCUGAAUAAGCACGACGACAAGGAGGUGUCUCUGGCCAAGCUCUGGCGCUAGUCGAUGCAGAAGGGGAUGGGGGAGGGGAAGGGGAGAGGG